AUGCUAUCCUUCAACAUCCUCCCCCUAGCCUCCCUCAUAGGGCUAUCUCUAGCCCUCCCCAAAGCCAGAUCCCCCAAACUCGACCCCAAUCCCAUCCCCGGUGAAUCCUCUCUCUUCGCAACAUACACCGGCAAACCCACCCCCAUACCAGUCAACUACACCCGUGUCAUCCCAGCAACAUCCUCCGGUCCCGCCGGUCCAGACGACGUACUCUUCCAAAACCUCCUCAGCGCUGAAUGGAUCAUCUACUCCUUCUACCAACAAGGCGUCGAAGCCUUCACUCCUUCCUCCUUCAGCGACUUGGGCUACCCAAACAGCACCUACGACCGCAUCGCCGAAAUCCGCGACAACGAAGCCGGCCACAUCCGCAUCUUCCAAGACGAAAUCUCCUCUACAUCCCUAAAACCCGGCCCCUGCAACUACAGCUUCGGCUUCAACAAUGACCCGGAAACCUUUCUCGCCCUCCAAGUCUACAUCGAAGUCAACAGCAUGGCCUUCCUCACCGGCCUCGUCCGCGAAGCCAACACAACCGACACCCGCUCCGCCCUUGUCGCCAUCGGCGAGAUCGAAACCCGGCAUAACGCCUGGUCUCUCAUCGAUAUCUGGGACGUGAGUCCCUUCUCCGGCCCGGCUGACACGGUUUAUCCCUACGCUAAUCAGAUCCUGGCGUUGACGAAUUCUUUCGUGGUGUCGGGGAGUUGUCCGUCUGAGAACCCGCAGUAUCCGUACCCUAACCAGAACUUGCCGGAGAUUGGGUAUGUGACGAAUACUACUACUGGGCAUCCGGGGUCGAAGAUUCAGCUUGAGUUUAGCAGUGAUCCGGUGUUCGUGGAGGGAGGGGAUUACUAUGCGGUGUUCUUUCAUGGGUUGCAGAAUAUUAGUGUGCCGUUCGAUAUCACCACUAAUGAGACAGUUAUUCCGGGAUCGUUUGAUAAGGGUGCGGGCAUUAUUGCUAUUGCUAUUGCUGAUGAGGCUGGGGCGCCGACGGAGGAUAGUGUGCUUGCUGGGCCAUUGUUGCUGUUGCAGCAGCCGGAAAAGUUGACUGUGUUGGAGCCUUAA